AACCGGGCAAUACGGGUGCACAGUGUCAUAUCAGUUGAUAUUGAAAAUUAUUAAUUUUAUUGUUUUAAUAUGAAAUACUGCCAAACUGGUGAUAUGACCUUUCUUGUUUUAUCCUCAAUUUCUUCUUUAGCUGUUUUUCUCGACUUCUCCUUUUACACCACACCGUUGACUUUUAUUCUUAAGAGGCAUAACUGCUUAACAGUAGCAGUUAUGCUGCGCAAGUUACUCAACAGGUUGUUGCUAGGUAACCAAAGAGCCAGUGAGUUAGUUGAUGCUUUUCUUUCUGACAUUUUCUAUUGAUAAUGAUCAAAUGACUGUCACCAUAUGUUGAUUUAUUGCCCAGACUGCUACAUGGUUAAAACAAACAAACAAACAAAUAAAUAAAUAAAUAAAUAAAGGAAGAUCCUAGAGUCCUGGGGACGUUAGGACCCUGAAAAGACAACAAAUCAUCUUUUCUAUAUGAAUCUUUGUUAGUCUCUGUUAGUCUUUCACUAACAGAGUGAAAGACUGAAAACAAAUGGAAAACUAUUAACAUGGCCACUCAUGAUGAAAAAAAAAAGAGUGUUACGACGUGAAAAACAUCCCCAAAUAGAGCCAACCCCAAAGAAAAUACAACAUAAAAAGUCCAAGGGAAAUCUAAAAAUAAUAAUAGGCAACAUCAAAAAUUAAUGCAAGCCAACUAAAAGAUGUGAAAUUAAUGGGUUGAAUCAUCUUAAAUAAUUAUGAUUGCACUAAAAAAUUUGUUUGUUUUUUUUGGAAGAUUGACCAUUUUCUUUUUGAAAAACAGAGUGAUGGAGAAUUUACAAACUGCAAAGAGAGCAUGCAAUGGCGGAUAAAUAAAAGCUAAAGAAAAACAUCCUGGCAGCAUGACGCCGUCACCACCGUGCUUCACUGUGGGGACGGCGUGUUCAGCGUUAUGUUCAACAUUACAUUUCAUUCCAAAAUGGGAUUUUUAUUGAACUUUCUUCUGCAAUUUUGCUGUGGAGCUCCUCAGAUGUUAACCAGCUGUGCUAACAAACUCUGAUCCCUUCACAGAACAGCUGGAUUUACACUGAGAUUAAAUUACACACAGGAUUAUUCUACAUAAUUAAUAGGUGAAUUCUGAAGGCAUUUGCAUUGGAUUUUAUCUAGGGGUAGUCAUGCCAGUGUUUUCAAAUUUUUAUUUGUAACAUUUUUUUAUUUUCUUUCCACUUUAGAGCUAUGGACUACUUUGAGCUGGACUAUCAGAUAAAAUACAAUAAAAUGUGUAGUUUUAACAUAAGUGAUAGAAUUAAUAUAAUAACCUAUAUAAAUACUAAUCAGUAUGUUUCUGAGUAUGUUGAAGGAGGCCCUGCUGAAGGACGCAGAGACAGCCGGCACUAGUUCUAAUCAGACGGCUGCUCAGCAGAAGGACAUGCUAUUCUUCAUGUUUAUAAAAUGAUAGUGUAUAGCGUAAUUGUGCUGAUACAGUUAUACUGUUUGUAGUAAAUAUUCUAGUUUAUCUCAUGAAAUGUGAAUCACGUUGCAGCUGCAUAUGUUUUGAUUAGAGCUGAAACGUGCAUUGUAACUAGGGGAUGAUUUUCAAUAAAAAGAGAGGUGCGGCAGAAUGCGUUUUCAGAAUAGGUGGAGAUUGUAACUGAAGCACAUCUCUGUCUGUUCUCCUCGCGAGGAAAAGUUCAUCCAUUUGCAAGGUGUUGCUUAGUGACAAUUUCCCACGGUUUCAAGGCCCAGUAUACACCUACGCUGUCAGCUGUGUGUGAACAAUAGCAAUAUAAUUGAUACUGCAGAGCUAAACUACUUGUCCGUUAUAAAACUCAUACAGAGUUCUCAGACUGCUCCUCCACCUGCUCCUCCAUCAUCACUUCAUUAUCUUUCUGCAGAACUCCACAGAACAGAACGUCCAUGUUUGGACCAACACAGACCUUUAUGAGGCUGCCAGUGUACCCUGACCAAACACACACACACAGCGCUGCUUCUUUGAUUUUCCUUUCAUAUACACUGACCUGCUUUGUGUCUCCUGCUGACAGGUCUACCUGAUCUGUUCCCCAUCACAUCCCCGUUCAGCUCCCAGCUCCACACCUGCUGGUCUGAGAGCAGCAGAUCGACGGAUCAGAUAAUCCACAUGUCCACCGCUGUAUAUAAGAGCGGCGCAUUCAAGCCCCGGAGACAGACUGACAAGUUAUCUAAAGUAAUAAUAUUGAGUUCAUUUUGAAAUAUGUGUAAGGGACUCUCCUACCUGCCUUCCUCCUGCUUGGAGAAGGCAAAAGGGAUGCGAGUGAAGCUGAGCCACCUGGCUGAGAUCCACCACAAGCAAAGGGUACAAGAUGGGAAAAUCCUUCAGGAUCUGGAAACUCUGCUGGGCAGCAAAAUCGGUCUUCAGGCGUUUCGAGGGUUCCUGCGUUCAGAGUUCAGCGAGGAGAACCUGGAGUUCUGGCUGGCCUGUGAGGACUACAGGGUUUCCCCUUCAAACAUGCAGAAGACCAAAGCCAGCAGCAUCUACAACCAGUUCAUCAACCCCGACGCUCCACUAGAGGUGAACUUGGAUGCUGAGACCCGUGAGGCUCUGCUGAGCAUGAUGGACUCCCCGUGUGCUGACACCUUCAACCUAGCGCAGCAGAGGAUCUACAGCCUGAUGGCCAAGGACUCCUUCCCUCGGUUUCUCCGCUCUCACCACUGUGCAGAGGCCAUCAAGGCUUAUUAAACUUCCUAGCUGAAAACGGCUUCAGAAACUAAUCUUUUCUGCUGGACUUGACUGUAAUGUGCAAUUUAUUUUAGCAACACGUUUAGUCAUGCAACAGUCUAUUACAUGCUGUUAGGAACAGUAGCAUUAAAAUGCUUAAAUGUAGAUGAAAAAAAAUACUUCCCCUUCUAUACUGCAUAUGCUACUAACAUUUACAAAUACUGAAAUAAAGAGUGGGUUAUAUAAAUCUCUGAAUGUUCUGAUUUAUUCAACAUUACUGAAUAGAUUCACUUGUCAAAUUAAGUUUUAAUUUGAUAAGAGUUGCAAAUAUAACAUUAAAGAUAUAUAAAGUUUUAACACAGGUUAGGACUGGGCAAUAAAUCAAUAACAUAUAUACACACACA